AUGCCCUUCACCCUCGUGCCCAGCCUCAUGGGCACCUUCGUCUUCGGCCCCACUGUCUGCAAGCUCGUGGCCUAUCUCAUGAGCAUCUCCGUCAGCGUCUCCACCUUCAGCCUGGUGGCGAUCGCCAUCGAGCGGUACAGCGCCAUCUGCAACCCGCUGCAGUCCCGCGUGUGGCAGACCCGCUCCCACGCCUACCGGGUCAUCGCCAGCACCUGGCUGCUGUCCCUGCUGCUUAUGCUGCCCUACGCCAUCUUCAGCACCACCGUGCCCACCCGGCCUGGCCUCACCCAGUGCCAGCACCGCUGGCCGAGCCAGCCCUUCAAACAGGCCUGGUACAUCCUGCUGCUUCUCAUCCUCUUCUUCAUCCCCGGCAUGGUGAUGGCCGUGGCCUAUGGACUCAUCUCCCGUGAGCUCUACCGUGGCAUCCGCUUCGAGAUGGACGUCAAGAGAGAAGCCGCCGGUCUCCAGCACGGCAGCACGGAGCCCCUGGCACCAGGGGUGGAGGACGACGGCUGCUACGUGCAGCUGGCCAGGCCUGGGGGGGCGCUGGAGCUGAGCUUGCUGGGCCGGGUGGGCACGGGGCAGCAGGACCGCGCCCGCGUUAACAGCUCGCAGGCCAUGCUGCUGGCCAAGAAGCGGGUGAUCCGCAUGCUGAUCGUCAUCGUGGUGAUGUUCUUUCUCUGCUGGCUGCCCAUCUUCUCCGCCAACACCUGGCGUGCCUUUGCCGCGGCCUCGGCCCAGCGGGCGCUCUCGGGCGCCCCCAUCUCCUUCAUCCACCUGCUGUCCUACACCUCGGCCUGCACCAACCCGCUCAUCUACUGCUUCAUGAACCGGCGCUUCCGCUCCGCCUUCGCCGCCACCUUCGUCCGCUGCCGCCCCCGGCGCCCCCGCCUGCCCCCGCCCGACGACGACAUGCCUGCCACUGGCGCCUCCCUCUCCAAGAUCAGCUACACCACCGUCAGCAGCCUGGGGCCCACCUAG